CCUGGGAGUGUGGGCCUUUGCCCAGGCUGGCUUAAGGCCGUCGGAUGUCUGUGCCAGCUGUCUCAUCCUCUGUUCACUAAAGUCUGUUUCCUCUAAAGGGUCCUUGAAAGGCUACGGAGUCCUAAUAUUUUCCCUGUUUGACAGAAGAGGAAAUGGAAUCCACACUGGGCGCGGGUCGCAGAACAGUGAGGAGGCUACGGGAUCCAGGCGCUUAGCCCCAGGACCCUGCGAGGGGGCGUGUGCGGACGGGGUGUGGGGACCCCCCCCCCCCCCCCGCUCGGCGAUAGUGCGGCCCGCCGGGCCCCGAGUGCGCGGCAGGAAGGGGGCGGCGAACCCUGGAAGGUUCCACCACAGGCUCUGGGGGAGGGCGGCUUCGAGUCGCAGCCUGAGCGGGACCCAGCGGCCCCUGGAGCGACGCGUCCCCGACCCCCGCGGGUAGAGCCCAGCCGUGGUCCCAGGAGAGAUUUACUGGGGGCCAGGCGCAGACUGGAAAGAUCAACAAGAGAGCCAUACAUGAGAAAAGAUGGGGCAGAGAUUUCCUGACCAAGCAGAGACAACCCAGAGUGCUUUUGGGCGUCUGUCAUCUGGUGGAAGCCAGGGUUUUGAGCCCUGGCCCAGCCCCUCCACCCCUCUGCCCCCCUGAUGUGACCAUGGGCUUUGGCAGUGACUAAGUGGCCACCCUCUACCCUUGUGGGUCAGUAGUAAUUCUCUACAGGACGUAGCAGCACUCCAGGCCAGCUCUGGGGAAGGUAAGAAGAGUCUCCCGUUCCUGGUUCUGAGGCAGCCAGCUUGGCUGGGGCAUAGGGGUCAAGGGAUAGACCCAAGGCCCUGAGCGAUCUUGGCUUCCCUAGUGUGGAUCAUGACCUUCACUUCAAUCCCUGAUUUGUAAAUGAUUGAUGCCCCCUCAGUCCUAUUGGGGCUCCUCUCUUGUGCAGCCUUGGCUGUGACGGCCCUCUGGCCAGCUCCUUACCCCCUCAGCAGCUGCUGCCCUGACCAUCACACCUCUGAAGAGGAGCACCAGGCCUCAGCUCCUGCCGGCAGGAGCACCCGAAUGCUGCACCCAGCCACCCAGCAGAGCCCGUUCAUGGUUGAUCUCCACGAGCAGGUGCACCAGGGACCUGUCCCUUUGUCCUACACAGUCACCACGGUCACCACCCAAGGCUUCCCCUUGCCUACAGGCCAACAUAUCCCUGGCUGCAGUGCCCAGCAGCUCCCAGCAUGCUCCGUGAUGUUCAGUGGGCAACACUACCCCCUCUGCUGCCUUCCACCCCCGCAGCUGAUCCAGGCCUGUACCAUGCAGCAGCUCCCUGUACCCUAUCACACCUACCCCCACCUCAUCUCCAAUGACCACUACAUCUUGCACCCUCCACCACCGGCCCCACCGCCCCAGCCUGCCCACAUGGCACCCCUUGGGCAGUUUGUAUCCCUGCAGACCCAGCAUCCACGUAUGCCCCUGCAGCGGCUGGAAAACGAUAUGGACCUUCGAGGGGACCAACACCCCUUAGGUAGCUUCACUUACUCCACGUCUGCUGCUGGUCCAGCCUUGUCCCCCUCAAUACCCCUUCACUACCUACCCCAUGACCCAUUGCACCAGGAGCUGUCCUUUGGUGUGCCGUACUCUCACAUGAUGCCACGAAGACUGAGUACACAGAGAUACCGCCUGCAACAGCCGCUGCCGCCGCCGCCACCACCCCCACCUCCACCAUCUUACUACCCCAGCUUCCUACCCUACUUCCUCUCAAUGCUGCCAAUGUCACCAACAACCAUGGGACCUACCAUCAGCCUGGAUCUCGAUGUGGAUGAUGUGGAGAUGGAGAAUUAUGAGGCCCUCCUGAACCUGGCUGAGCGGCUGGGAGAUGCCAAGCCCCGAGGCCUCACCAAAGCAGACAUAGAGCAACUGCCGUCAUAUCGUUUCAACCCUGACAGUCAUCAGUCUGAGCAGACACUGUGUGUGGUCUGCUUCAGUGACUUUGAGGUGCGGCAGCUGCUCCGAGUCCUCCCCUGCAACCAUGAGUUCCAUGCCAAGUGUGUUGACAAAUGGUUGAAGGCCAACCGGACCUGUCCCAUUUGCCGGGCUGAUGCCUCCGAGGUACCCAGGGAGGCUGAGUGAGGCUCCACAGCCACCCACAAGAACCCUGCCCAAAGCUCUGGAAACUGUGGGGAGGAGACAGGGUGGGGCCCAUGGAGGACCUGGAGGAAGGAACCCAGACCUGUCUCAGACUUCCCACCUGCAACUCCAGAGCUGGAGCCCAGGGUUAGCCCUGGAGAAGCCCCUGCAAUAAGCCCCUGCAUUUGCCAAGCUCCAAAGACUCUUUCUUUCCCCAAUCUGCCUGCCUGCCUGCCUGUCCGCCAUGGAGCUGCCUGGGUAUCCCCAACUCAGUCUGCCACAACUCAGUCUGCCACCCAUUUGCUCUUGGGUCCUUCCUGUUGCUCCUGUGUGGUGGCUGGUGUGAUCCCUGUCCCCAGGACAGAUGGACAAAGGAGUGGCCACUCGGUCAUCUGGUCUCCUGUACUGAAAUGAUGUACCCAUUGCCCAGGUGAUACUGCCACAUCUGUGAGCGAUUAGUAGCAGGAAGCUGUUUCCUAAGUCCUAGGGCUGAGUCCUCCUGUUUGACUCCAGACAGACUUAGGCAGCCAGCUCUACCUAGGCUGCUGUGCAGUGAGAGUCUGGCUCCCCAGGACCCUCACCCCAGGGACAGUACUCCAGCCCACACUCAGGCUGGAGGACAUCCCAGCCAGGCCCCUUGAGCAAAUGGGAUGGAGGCUCCAAGUUGGAUGUAUGUGUUUUACGGGGGUCUGAGCCAUGUUGGGCAGAGCGAGUGAGUCCCUGUGUUCCUGGUGGCUGCCCCUCUGCCAGUGAGUGUCAGACCCAUGCUUGAACUACUACCCCUCUGUCGUUUUGCAUGAAUGUGAGGAACAGCAGUUUUUGUUUAUUCAUUUGGCCCAAAGUUGUGUGUAGGAUUUGGGGGUGUGGAUAUUUAAGAGUUUCCUUUUUUUUUCGGUUUAAUGGGCAUGGGGUGGGGGCAUAGGGACCAACCAGGACCAAUGCCCAGGGGGCAGAGAAGGGUCAAGUUGUACAACCAGUCCUCAUACCAGUGUGUGACCGAGAUUGCACUGGGUGACUGGAGGUCACGGGGCAGGGUUGGGGGCUCUGUGCUAAGCUGAUAACUGCCAUGCACUGUACCGCACAUGUCCCUAGAGCCUACUGGGACCGUUCGCUUUUCAGGGCAUUUCUUCCUCUCCAGCCAGGGCCUAUCUCCCACCUGCCUGGGUGAAUCUCCUCCAAGGUCUGGAGGAGGCCCCUGUAAGGAUCUGGCUGAGUUCCCCACUCCCCUUCAGGUCCCAUUCCUUUCCUGCCCCAGCUGGGGUUGCCACCAUGAGACGAACUGCGUGUGGGGCCGGCACAUCCUAGCAGGCAGCCAUUGGCGCCUGCUGCCUCAGGGAUGCUCCAACCACCCUCGUUCUCCUGCAGCAGCCCUGGCUCCCUGCCCCCACCCCACCCUGCCAGAGGGCCCAUUGGCCUGGUCCCACCCCACAAGAACCCAAAGUCUUACUGUAUAUAACUCCAGGUGAUGUUUCUAUAUUUAUAGCAGUGUUGAAAACCCAUGUGUUUUACACAAAAAACCACCUUCUCCAGCCCCGGUCUCUUCCUCACCCCAGUGAAAGGUUUUCAAACCCUUGCGAUUUCUGGGGCAGCAGAAUCGGCUUAUGGAUUGUGUCGGCUGCAGCAAUGAUUCCAGCAAGCAGCUAUUGGGGAAGUACACUUUUUUUUUAAGAAAAAAAAAAUCAUUAAAAAAAGAUUUAUGAGACAAUUAUUAAGGAUGUUUGUGAUUUGCCGAGCUUGCUAUAGAUGCCAUGUUACCAAUGAUUUCCUGUGGUGGGGGCUUGGCAUUGUUUACUCUUUUAUUUACCAACUUCUGGCCUAGGCAUGACAGUGGGCACCUUCCCCCAGCACUGGCUGGGCCCAGCGCCUGUGUUCUGUGUUAAAAAGGUUAUAUAUAUAUAUAAUUACAUAUAUAUAUAUAUAUAUAUACAUAUAUAUAUAAAUGUAAUUUGGGGGGCCCUGUUCCUUGCACAUUUUACAGUUACCUCAUUUUUCCCAUGUGUGUAUUUGAGAAAAUGCUAAUAUAUAGAGAAAAAAAUGGUUCUUAAAGCUUAAAUGUGUGGUUUUUUCCAUUCCAUUGGAUUCGCAUUGGUUUGUAGCAUUUAACAUAACUAGUAUGUUGUAUUAUAUAUGUGUAUACUGAUUGAAAUUUUUAACAGAUUUGUACUUUUUUUAAAAUGAAAGUUGCUAGUUCUGCUUGACCAAGUAGUGCAAUCAUUAUUUUUUUUAAUAUUGUUGCUGAUUUCAGAGGGAUAUUCACUAAUAAAUGUAUGAUGUAUACCAAG